CCCGGCAGCGCUUUCCAAAUUCGAAGAUGAGGUCCAAAAAGGCUAUUGUCUGAACGAAAAGGUAGUCAGUCUUCAACCCCGCAUCAUGGAGGUAGCAAGGUCGAUCCCGACCGUUCAUUUUUUAGGAGAAUGAUCCCAGAAGGAAGUGUGCGAAAGUACAAACCGGUAGGAAAGAAAGCCAAGCCGGUCUCAAUCCUAGUAGAAACAUCAAGGGAAGAGGCCAUGGAAAAGGAGGAAGAAAUCUUGCGGAUAAUCAGGGAGAGGCGAGCAGCGGAGGGGCAUUGGAUACACGAUGAGGUAGCAGACACCAUGAAAAUAGGGGUAGAUGGGUUCCUAACGGUGGAAGAGACCCAGCUGAUAAGGAAAGCUUGCCAAGAGUUUCAUUUAGCCUUUGCCUUCAAUGACCACCAGAAAGGCCGACUGGACGCGAAGCUAAUUUCCCCUGUUAGGAUCCACACGGUGGAACACGAAUGCUGGAAUGACAAGGGGUCCGCCUACGAGUUCGGAAUAGCGGCGGAAGUCGCUGAAUUGCUUAGAGCCAAGAUAGAUUCGUUCGUGGCCGAACCCACCGCAUCCCCCUACGCGAACAAGUGGUUCGUUUUUCGGAAGCCCAACAAGUCGCUCAGAUGGAUCCAGGACUUGCAGAAGCUGAAUGCGGUUACAAUCCGGGAUGCGGGAUCGCUUCCACAGGCAGAUCUGCUGGCCGAAUCUCACGUUGGCCGAAGCAUUUACUCCUUGAUAGAUUUAUACUUAGGGUAUGAUCAACUGCCACUUGACGCUAGGGACAGACCGUACACCGCCAUGCACACCCCGGUAGGGCAGUUGCAGAUGCAAGUAACCCUUAUGGGCUUUACAAACGCUGUGGCAGAUGCGCAAAGGAGGAUGCUUGCGGUCGCAGGGGACAUGUUCCCGGAGAAAUGCGAACCGUACAUAGACGACAAUCCCAUAAAAGGCGCGCAGAACAAGGAUGAGACAGAGGUCCAGUCGGGCAUACGAAAGUUUGUCUGGGAUCAUCUGCAGGACAUCAAGGAUCUGCUCCAGCGAUUCCUGGUGUAUAAUAUUACCGCAAGCGGACCAAAGAGCAUCCUGGCGGUCCCGGAGGUGACCCUUCGCUGCGCACCACAACGGAAGGAAGUGCAGUAUCUAGUGAAUCAGGCUCAGGAGAAGCAAGAUACCAAGCAGGAGGGACAAAAAUUCUUCCUUGUGCAGAUGUAUGAUGGCGUCUUCAGAGAGAUCGGUCUGCUGCUUAUAGAAAAUAAGCAGCCUAUGGAAGUCAGCCUCAAGGCAAGGGAGGAAGCUGAGAGGUAUGUUUUGAGGAACGACCACCUAUUCAAGAGAGAAGAAGGGAUGAUGCCUAGGCGUGUCGUGUGCGGAAGGUCUAGGCAGUUGGACAUAAUCCAGGCGAUGCAUGAUGGGCUAACCGGAGGGCACCGGUCGUCCAAAGGGACUCUUGCAAAAAUCGUGCCAUUUUACUUCUGGCCAGGUAUGGCUGGUAAGGUGACUACGUACUGUCAAACGUGCCUAAUAUGUCAGGAAAGGAGCUUCGCACGUGUCUUCGAGCCCCUUAGACCUACUCAGAUACUGGGACCGGGGCACCUGGUCCACCUUGACCUUGCGGUCAUGCCUGUAUCGGUGGAUGGAUACAGGUACAUCCUGGAUGCAAGGGAUAAUCUCAGUGGUUACGUAGAGGCAGUAGCUCUUAAGAGAAAGACGGGAAAGGGAGUGGCCGACCGGAUAGAGGACUUCUACCUAAGACACCCCUUUGUGCGAAGGUUCAUAGCGGAUAAUGGGACGGAGUUCGUAAAUCACGAAGUGUUAAGUAGGCUCAAGACGUUGCCCAGCGGGGAACAAGGGGCAAGGCAGGCAGGGGAACCAAGUACCAGGAAGAGGAAACUGUAUGUGGGUUUUGACUUCAACGUGGUUGUGGGCAGAGGAGGAAGGAAGCAAGGGACCAAGGGGCCCUCACCCCUGAGAAAGGGGGAACCAAUAGAUCUCCCAUCUGACAGUGACAACGGUAAGGGGGAGAAUGGAAGCCCAAGGAAGAAGCAGAGGAUGGAUGAGGAAGAGCCCAACGAGGUCAUAGACCUCAGUAGUGGGGAGGAGGACGACGAGGUCACAACGCCAACAAAAGAAGUAUGGGCAAGGGAUGAGGAUCCAGUCGAUGAGAAGGACAAAUGGAUAAAAGAGUUUGGGUCGUCUUGCAGCGAUUGGUUUGAUCAAUGGUCCAGUAUCAUGCGGUAUGAAUGGGCGAUCAAAGGAAAGGAAAAGCUAAGCAGGGGAGAAGAUAAAGCGCCAACAACCUUCUUCACCGAAGAGGCGCUCAGAGAACGAAGAGAAGGAUGCAGCAAGAAAUCGACGAUCACGCAAGAGAGGCUCAACACAGGGCAACUGGGCAACAGGGGGACAAUAGACAUAACAAAGAAUAGCUAGAAAAUGGGGAGGAUGGGUACCUGGGCAGGCAGAACUGUCAUUUUGGACUUUGCAUUUGAAUUUUUGGGAAUAAACCACAAUGGGACAG